AUGGCUGCGACGCAGGCAGAGUCUCAGCGAAGCGAAGCGAACGUUGAUCAGAAUCCAUCGGACCAACUCAGUGAAUCUCGGAACGUGCUUUUACAAAACGGCACCGACAAAUCCGUCGGGCGCGUUCCGCCCGAUGGCGUUGUGAACACAAAGAGUAAAUCGCCGAUGUCGGCCGAUCCGGGCCAGCCACGCGACGGUGGUGAGGCGCCCGGCCACGAUCGGAGCGGUGACCGCCCAGUGCCGGACCAGUACGGACCGUAUCGUUAUCCGGAAGGUGCUGAUCCAUAUUAUGCUCAACGACCGGGAUUUCCCGGCAAACCGCGGCCACCACCGCAACAAAGAUUUUUCCCUGGGCAAACUGUAUCUCAGGCGCCUGGUCCUACGCCUACACUCAACUCAUUGCUCCAGUCGAGUGGAGCGCCGCCACAUCGCUAUCCCAAUAGUUAUGACCAGCCGCCCGGGGGUUAUGGACCCGCCCCUGGUUGGCCACAGCCAAGACCAAUGCCACCAUAUAAUCCUCAAGCAAGUCCAUACAGAAACUCAACGCCACCGCGAGGGUAUGGUGGACCGCCGUACGGCGCUGGUGCCCCCGGCGGUCCGCAGCAGCCGCCAGGGGCGUACGGUCCGCCGGGGUCUUACCCGCCCAGGUAUCCGCCACCGCCGGGCCAUCCGGGCGCACCUAACUCACGGCCACCUUUCUCUCCGCACCAGAUCGCUCUUAAAAUACUCUUCAUAGACGUCGUAUUACACGAUUCAUAUUCAAGUCCGAAACUAGAGAGCCUCGAACGCUUCUCAGAAUCGUUGAGCCGGCGGCGCGGCGGCGCGUCGCAGCCUCAUCCACUCACG